CCAUGAUGGCACAUCUUUGGCGCCCAAGGCGUAUCAGACAGCAAGGCUAUGUAUGCGAUCGUGUUGAAGGUUGACCAGAGCAACGACACCUGUGCUCCAAUUCGACCCCGACAGUGUGCAAGUCGGGAAAUGGGGUCCUCUAUAUUCCACCAGCCACCUCAUUUCGGCAGUCUUGCUGCUGGUGUUCGCGCUCUACGCGCUCGUCACGUCGAUCGUCGAUCAUGGGGCCGGCAUGGUGUCUAUCCUCUCGAUUUUAAUGAUUAUCGUAUUCCGAACGCUGGCAUUCAUGAUGUCCUCCUUGUCCUACUCUGAUGCUUCGGAGAUCGUUCCCCAGCUCUCGAACUACAUGAACCUGGUGCGUUUCUGUGGCCUUUUGGCUCGAGCUUGACUGAACUUGACUGAAGCUUGACUGAGGGUGUCGGAGUAGUUGAAAUGGUGCAAUUUCAAACUUCAGCCGACAAUUCAUCAUUUGGAACCAACAUCUGGGUCGAUGCCAAUGCGCACUCGAGAGUCUGGGUGCAGAGAUUCCUAGUUUUCAAUAACGUCGCCUGUUUACUUGCGAUCGUUUUCACGCCUCUGCGGAUCAAGUACUUUCGUCUUGUAUCC